GGAUCACGAACGAUUUUUUGGUGGACCUUUUCUGCAAUUUCCUCCGUCCGGAACCUAUCCGAUUGGUGUUGAAAGGCACACCGGAAGCAAACUUCAUCCACUCGGAUCGGAUGAGGCAGUAGAUUGUGGUUGGAUUGCGAUAAAUUUGCUGGUUUUUCCUCCGCCUUCGACAGACCCAAGCCAGCAUAAGAGGAACGCAUUCGGAUUGCCGAGGGGGCUUUCUCUUGCACAGGACCAGGGAGUGGAGGGUUGUUAUUGAGGAAAGAGGAUAGAAAAUCGCAAUCCAAGAUGGUGAAACGAAAGACUCAACCACUGAUCGAUUCGGAAAGCAGCAGUGAUUCCGGGUCCGGAUCCGAUCUGGACUCAGAGCUGCUAUCGUUGGCCAAGAAAAAGAAAACAACCAGACUGGCAUCGAAUUCUCCGGGAGGGAAGUCAUCCGAUUCGGACUCGGAGGAUGAUUCGGAGCCAGAAGCGGCAUCGCAGCGAAAGAAGCAUGGUGCAAAGCCAGCAUCGUCUUCAGAGUCCGAAGAAGAGGAAGAGGAGGAAGAUGAAGAAGAAGAGGAGGAAGAACCGGAACAGGAGGUGAAACCCGCGAUCAAAGGUAGUGUGAAGCGGAAGCAACCAGAAGAUGAAGAAGAAGCAGAGGUAGAGGAAGCUAAAUCGGAACCAGAGGAGGGCCAGGUUUCGUCUGAGGAGGAAUCUGGUUCCGGUUCCGGUGAUGACAGCGACGAUGAAAGUGGAAGCAGCAGUAGCAGCGAUUCCGAAUUUGAUGACGGGUAUGACGAGAAUCUGAUGGGCGAUGAAGCGGAUCGGGCUAGGCUGAAUGCCUUGUCGGAGAAGGAACGAGAGACGGAAAUUUUCAAACGUAUCGAACGGCGCGAUGUUAUGAAGACGCGCUGGGAGAUCGAGCGUAAGUUGAAGCUGGCCAAGAAGGCAGAGCGUGCAAAGGACAAGGAAUCGCAGCCACCGAGGAAGAAAAAGAAGAAGGACAAGAAAAAGAAGUUGGCGCAACAGAAGGAGCAGGAAGACAAGAAAAAGAAAGUCAAGGAACCGACUCCGGAACCAAAAGAACCAUCUCCGCCGCCUCCAGUGCAGCAGCUAGAUGAACCUUCCGAGGGUGAGGCCAGUGAUACCUCACUUUCUUCGCCGGAUAAAUCCAAAGAAGCUGAAUCGGCUUCCGGAGCUUCGGACUUUUUCGAUCCGAAAGAACGAUCCAAGGAGCGCAAGAAGAAUGUGGAAGCUAAUCGAACCGAUGACAAACGAAGCAAUGCCAUGGCCAUGUUGAAAGCUAAACGAGAAGGUAAAGCCAAGCGAGAGGAGGAAGAAGCCAAACGGGAAGCUAAACGUAAGGCCGAAGCCGAAGGCAAGAACAACUUGGAAGACGUCCCCGGAGGCAAAUCCUCACAGAAGCUGAAAGCAUCGGAUAUCUAUUCGGACGACUCUGGAAGUGAUAGCGACGACGAGAAGAAGUCUGAUCGUCGAUCGAAAUCUGGUUCCAGUAGUGGCAGCGGAAGUGACAGCCGUUCGUCGUCCGAGAGCGAAACGGAAGGUGAGCCAAAGGAAAAGAAAAUAUCUUCUAGUUCCAGUUCCACCUCUAGCAGGAAGCCAGUGGCCAUCACUAACCGUGACGAGCUGAACAAGUUACGAAUCUCGCGACACAAGAUUGAACGCUUCAUUGCACUUCCGAUGUUCGAUCAGAUUGUGCUGAACUGCUUUGUGCGAAUCAAUAUCGGAAACAACAACGGAAGACCAGUCUAUCGGGUAGCGGAGAUCGUGGGAGUCGUGGAAACGGCCAAGAUCUAUCAGUUCGGAAAGUGUCGUACGAACAAAGGAUUCAAAUUGAAGCACGGCAGCCAGGAGCGAGUAUUUCGAUUGGAGUUUGUUUCGAAUCAGGACUUUACCGAUAGCGAGUAUCAAAAGUGGCUCAGCGUUUGCGAAGCCACAAGUACUCCGUUGCCCUGUGUGGACUUCAUUGACAAGAAACAGGAUGAAAUCAAGGAAGCGAUCCAGUACGAAUUCAAGGAUGCAGACAUCGACAAGAUCAUCGAGGAGAAGAAUCGAUUCCGGGCAUAUCCGACCAACUACGCCAUGAAGAAGACGCUGCUCAUGAAGGAACGAGACGCCGCCCAACUGCGUGGGGAGGACGCGUUGGCCCGUGAACUCAACACCCAGAUACAGGAGCUUGAAGAACGCGCCAGCAUUCUGGACAAGAAGCGUAGCAGCAGUAUUAGUUUAAUUUCCUACAUUAACGACCGCAACCGGAAACGCAACGUUGAGGAUGCCGAGAAAGCCAUCAAGGAGGAGAUCCGUGCCUCUCGCGGCUUGAAGAUCGAGGAUCCAUUCACGCGACGACAGACUCAGCCACGGAUGUCGUUCAAGGCAUCAGAUAAGAAGGAUGAACUUCCUAUGCUUAUGAUGCCGGCACCUCCACCACCGGGUCAUAAGAAGAAAACGGACGACAAGAAACCCACGUCCAGCGCGGACAACAACCUGUACUCGUUGCAUGAUUUCGAGAUCGAUCUGGACGUUCCCCUACCUGUCGGCUCGGUUAACGUACUUCCGAAACCAGUUGAGAAAGCGGUCAAAGAAUCCGGUCCGAAACGCUCGCUCAAUCUCGAAGACUACAAGAAGAAGCGAGGUCUAAUCUAGACGAUUACAAAACGUACCCCCUUACCGAACAAGUACUAUCGGUAUUCUCUUACUAUUAUUCUAUAGAAACUACUGGUAACGAAAUGAGUAGCAUUGGAUCUUGAAAUGUGACGCUCAUACACACACACACACAAAAACCCUCAAACUCACAAACAGACAGACAGGCUACAACUAAAGAAAACUCAAGGUAAAUACCUAGCUGCUACUUAUAAUAUCGAAACGUUACUAUCUAGGGAGUUGGCAUGGAUACUUGUCCACUAUUUCAGAGCAGUUACUACUGCAAGCUUUGUUCUUCGUUAAAUCCUCGUUUAAAACAAGAUAAUAGCCAUUGCAAUAGAACCACCAGCAGGAUUGAGUGAACCCGAUGGAGGAAGUAAAACAUCAACAUUGAUAAAUAACUAUACUUAGACUGUCUUCGAUUUUAAUUUAUUUGUAACAUCCUUUUUUACGAAUAUCGAUUAUGAUGAAGGAACUUAUUAUUGUUUAGGAUAAUCAAAUUAAUACUGCUAAAAAGUAAAAUCAGCAACAAAAAAAAAACAAGCAAAAAUAAGGUCAUUAGUGCAUUGCAAGAAGGCAGGAAUAAUAAUACCGAGUGAUUAAGCGGAAAAUAUAACAAAUGUAUUGUUAUGAUUGA